UUUACAUAUGAUUUCAAGUGACUCCACCACCUGAAAUUGUUCUACUCCUCUCUCUCCUACCUCUUUCAGUCUUGUAAAAACAAGUUCAUCCAUUUAGGCAAAUUUUUGAGCUAAACAAAACCGGACAUCCUCAAAACCCUAAAAGGCUUUCAGAUCUCUUAGGGUUUUCAGUUUUCCUUCUCAAUUCGUAUCUUCCUUGUGAUUUAUGGACGACUGUUGUUGCCAGCGAAGUAGACGAAGCUGAUCCCUUAUUCUCGCUGAUGGAUCCUGACUCGGCGAAAGCUUCUGUUGAGGCGAUGCAGGAUGACUCAGAAUGCAAUCAUGUUUCGAACGAACCGAAUCUCACGGGAACACACGGUGAUUCGUCCGUUGGCGACGAAGGAGGAGGAGGAGGAGGCGAAGGAAUUGAUACGGUUGACACCGCCACUGCGUCAGAGCUCGUGGCUCCGGAGCCGGUCUCGCCGGUUGGUGAAGGAGAAGGCGCGGUUUUGAAUUCCGUGGCUGAGAUCAGUGAUGUUGUUGAAGGAAUCUCUCCCGUUGCUGUCGUUUCCUCGGACCUGUCUCCGGCGGUCAUGGAGGUAGGUGGGGGAGGAGAAGAAAAUGCGGCUUCUGAAGUUCAAGAGAUGGAUUCCAUGGAUUCGGUUUGCGGUGUCGCUGCUGCGGUGGAGGUGGCUCCUCGGGAAUCGUCUUCGGUGGUUGGUGAAGGAGGAGAAGAGGAAGGCGCGGGUUCAAUCGUCAAAGAAGGUGAUUCCGUUGCUAAUUCGUUAGGGUUAGCUGAAGAAAAGGGUUCGCUUUCUGGAGAUAAGCUCGAGGAAAACAAAGAAGUUUCGAUGGAAGAAGAACCUCUCUCACAUGACAUCUCAGUUUCUGAGGUAAACGAAGUUGAUUCUCUGAAGGCUGAGGAAAAGAGAGAGGAUAACCAACAUGUAGGAGCUAGGGCUAAUGACGAGAGUAGUCAGGCGAUAGAGAGUGAGUUAGGGCAGAACAUAGAGUCUGAAAAGGAAGAGGUGGAUAUGAUGGAGGAGGUUACUACAGAGCAGGCUCCCUCCUUGGAAGAUAUGGUUAAGGACAUAGAAAUUCCUGAUGAUAAAGAGGUAGCUAGUGUGGCUGGGUUUACAGAACUUCCGUCUCAGGUGAAAGGGUUAGACGAUUCAGUGCUUAACACAGGAAGUGAAUUUGCAGAAGAAGAGCCAUUCAAAGAGUUGCAAAUGGGUGAAGGAGCUAAAGACCUGUCAGAUGGAGAUGGAGAUGCAGAAGAAGACGUUAUGGGUAAUCAGCUAUUAAAGAAAACAGAGGAGGAAGAAAAAGUCGAUGCUCUUACAGUGAAGGAAGAAAAAACCGAUCCUCUUACAGAGGAGAUCCAAGCUAAUCCUCAAGAGGUGGGUGAUGUGGCUAAUGAGGUUUCAGACAGAAAUGAGUCCCCAGUGGGUGAAUCAUCAGCUGGUAAGGAAACUGUUAUGGAUGAUGUCAAAGAAGACGUUGAGAAGGAUCAAGAAGCUGGUGAAUCAGUGGACAUUCAUGUACCAGAGGCUGCAGAAGAAGUAGAAACAGAUGUUAAGUAUGCUGCUGGGGAUGAGACGAAUGGUGUGGGAGAAGUAGGGCAGACGGUUGAUGUGGAAGAAACCAGAGAACUAUCUGAAGAACUGGCUAAAGUAGUCGAGACAAAGAUUGCUGAAGCGUCUGAAGAAACGAAGACAAUGAUCAGAGAUGAGGAUGAGGAGAAAGUUGAUGACAUGAUUGAUUUUGUGGAGGAUGUGGAAACCCAUGGAGACUCCUCGGUAGCUGAUAUUGAGGAGGGGAGGGAAAAUCAUGAAGAAGAGGAAAUGACAGAGACACAGGAUGAGACUAUUAUGGGUCAAGUAGAUGGAACAAAAAUUGCUGAAAUGUCAGAAGAAACAGAGACAAGGAACGAAGAUGAGGGUGUAGAGAAAGAUGAUGAAGACAUGACUGAUGUGGUGGAGGAUGUGGAAACGCAUGGAGACUCCUCAGUAGCUGAUAUUGAGGAGGGGAGGGAAAAUCAUGAAGAAGAGGAAAUGACAGACCAAACAGAGACACAAGAGGAGAAUGUCAUGGCUGAGACGGGGGAUGAAGAGCCAGAGGAAGCUGAGGAAGAAAAUAAGAGUGCUGGAGUAAAGAGGAAGCGGGUGAGAAAUACAAAGACAGUGAAAGGGACGGGAAAGAAGAAAGAGGAAGAUGUUUGUUUCAUGUGCUUUGAUGGGGGUGACCUUGUCCUUUGUGACCGCAGGGGAUGCCCAAAAGCUUACCACCCUUCCUGUGUAGAUCGCGAUGAGGCUUUCUUCCAAUCAAAGGGUAAAUGGAACUGUGGCUGCGCCAAGGAUGCUGUCUUCUUUUGCAUAAGAGGUAAUAAGGGUUUGUGCGAGACAUGCAUGGAGACAGUCAAGUUGAUAGAAAGAAAGGAGCAGGAAAAGGAGCCGGCGCAGUUAGAUUUUGAUGACAAGACCAGCUGGGAAUAUCUCUUUAAGGAUUACUGGAUUGAUUUGAAAACCCAGCUAUCAUUAAGUCCAGAGGAACUUGAUCAGGCAAAGAGCCCACAGAAAGUAAAUGAGUCUCAUGCUGGUAAACAGGGAACGGCCAGGGAGACUGACGAUGUUACCGAUGGAGGAUCAGAUUCAGAUAGCUCUCCAAAAAAGCGGAAGACCAGGAGUCGAUCAAAGUCUGGUUCUGCUGAGAAAGUCCUGUCACCAGCUAAGAAAAGCUCGUCAGGUGAAACUGUGGAGUGGGCUUCCAAGGAACUUUUGGAUGUGGUCGCACACAUGAGACGUGGUGACAGAUCUUUCGUACCUCACUCGGAAGUACAUGUGCUCCUGCUGGAUUAUAUAAAAAGAUACAAUCUUCGUGAUCCCCGUCGUAAAAGUCAGGUUAUUUGCGACUCCAGGCUUCAGAAUUUGUUCGGAAAAUCUCAUGUUGGGCACUUUGAGAUGUUAAAUCUUCUUGAGAUCCAUUUCCUUAAAAAGGAGCAACAGCAAGCAGAUGAUAUUCAAGGUAGCAUUGUUGAUACAGAACCUGAUAAUGUGGAUGUUGAUGAAGAUUUCGACCAUCCAGUGAAAAGUGGGAAGGAUAAGAAACGUAAAACACGUAAAAAGGGUGUCAGGAAAGGGCGCCAAUCUAAUCUGGAUGAUUUCGCUGCUAUUGAUAUUCACAACAUUAAUUUGAUAUACUUAAGGCGGAGCUUGGUGGAAGAUCUACUCGAUGAUUCUAUAGCAUUCGAAGAAAAAGUAGCCAGUGCAUUUGUUAGGUUACGGAUAUCUGGAAAUCAAAAGCAAGAUUUAUAUCGACUGGUUCAAGUUGUUGGCACAAGCAAAGCUCCUGAGCCCUAUAAAGUUGGCAAGAAAACAACAGACUUUUUACUUGAGAUAUUGAACUUGGACAAAACAGAAGUGAUAUCCAUUGACAUCAUAUCAAAUCAAGAUUUCACUGAGGAUGAAUGCAAGCGUUUAAAGCAGAGCAUAAAAUGUGGAUUAAUUAACAGGCUGACAGUGGGUGAUAUACAAGAAAAGGCCAUAGCGCUGCAGGAAGUGAGAGUCAAAAACGCAAUGUGGAUGGUUCUAGUUCUAUCGUCUCUCUUAGAAUGUGUUGAGAAAGUGCAACUGCUGAAGUCUCCAGAGGAACGGCAGCGCAGGCUAGAAGAAAUCCCAGAAAUACAUGCUGAUCCCAAAAUGGAUCCAGAGUGCGAGUCAGAAGACGAAGAUGAAAAAGAAGAAAAAGAAAAAGAGAGAAAUCUCAGGCCGAGAAGUAGUAGCUUCAACAGAAGAGGAAGAGACCCGAUAUCUCCACGAAAGGGAGGAUAUAGUUACAAUGAUUCAUGGACUAGCACAAGUAACUACUCAAACUCAAGUGCAAAUCGUGAAUUAACCAGAAGUUAUUCUGGUAGAGGCUCUACUGGCAGAGGGGAUUAUUAUAGUGGUCCUGAAGACAAGGUUAGUGAAAGUAUGUGGACUUCAGGUAGAGAAAGAGAAAGAGAAAGAGAAAUACAUCAAUCUUCAGUCUCUGAGAAGCCAAGAUCUAUUUCUCUUCCUGAACCUUCUCCCAGAAGUUCUCGUGCUGUUGUGCCACCGGAAUUAUCUCCUAGGAUUGCCCCUGAAAUUUCGACGGCGCCUCCUGUUGUCGUUCCGCAGCCUGCUCCUACGUCAAAUGAUUCUGAGAAAAUCUGGCACUACAAGGACCCAUCUGGCAAAGUUCAAGGACCUUUCUCCAUGGCGCAGCUCCGUAAGUGGAACAACACUGGGUACUUCCCUGCUAAGCUGGAAAUCUGGAAAGCUAACGAGUCACCGUUGGACUCUAUUCUCCUGACUGAUGCAUUGGCUGGAUUAUAUCAGAAGCAAACCCAGUCGGUGGAUAAUAGCUAUACGAAAGCUCAGGUAGCAGCUUAUUCUGGUCAAUCAAGCCAAUCUGAACCCAACUUAGGUUCUUCUGCUAGGACGAUCGCUCCAUCAGUCCUUGAUAUUCCCAGAAAUUCACAGGAUACUUGGAGUUCAGGCGGUGGCCUUCCGUCGCCUACUCCGAACCAAAUCACGACUCCCACCGCAAAAAGGCGAAAUUUUGAGAGCAGAUGGUCUCCAACGAAGCCAUCUGCACAGUCGAUGAGUUUUCCUCCAGCACAAGCUUCAAGGACAGACAUCCCUGUGGUUGUAAACUCUGGUGGUGCACUGCAUCCUGGAACCCACCCUAUUCCAACACCAGCUUUGACCAACGUUUCUGUGAAUCACUACGGUUCUGCUGCUCCUCUUCCAUCUCCAACACCUGCAGGCGGAAACCAAAGCUGGGGUAACAACAUGCAGACGGAUAAAUUUGAUCCCCAUGGUCGUGGAGGAGGUGAUGCUCUCUCUUCUUCUCAGAAUAGCUCUGCGUUGUCUUAUGGCACCGCAACACCAAGUGUUGUCCCUGCGCAGACUCAACAAGGCUUUCCAUCAUCUGAUCCAUGGAGGGUUCCGGUUCCAAGCCAAUCGAAUACUCAGGCUACUAACUUACAGUGGGGUAUGAACAACAACAGCCAACAACCUCAGACUCAAGUAAACCAGAACAACAGCUGGGGUCAAGCAACUGUGAAUCCAAAUCCAAACCCAAACCCAAACAUGGGAUGGACUGCUCCUGUUCAAGCUGGAAUGAACGUUAACUGGACCGCAUCUACUAUUCCUUCGACUGGUCAGGGAAUGCCAAAUCCUGGCUGGGGCGGGCCCGUCCAAGGACAACCACAAGCUUAUCCAAACGCUGGGUGGGGUGUAACAGGGCAAGCUCAAGGGAGUAGUACGGGCUCGGGAUGGAUGCAAUCAGGUCAAGGGAUGCAGUCUGGGAACAGUAAUCAAAACUGGGGAACUCAAACUCAGACAGCGAUCCCAAGCGGGGGGUCCGGAGGGAACCAAGCCGGUUUCUGGGGAAACCAACAACAGAACCAGAACGGAGAUUCUGGGUAUGGUUGGAACAGACAGUCAAGUGGAAGUGGUGGUGGGCAGAACAACUUCAAAGGGCAGAGAGUAUGCAAGGCUUAG